AUGAGUUGUAUGAACUAUGCUUCACGUUUAUCAAAAAAUGAAUAUAAAGGGCCACUAGGUGAAGAAGAAUUUUUUGAAGAUACUGAAGAAGAGAAAAAGAAAGUUAAGGAACUUAUAGAGAAAAUUAGAAGUAGUGAAUAUAUAGUUGUUCAUUCAGGUGCUGGAAUAUCAACUAGUUCAGGACUACAAGAUUUUAGAGGUCCCACAGGAAUAUGGACAAAUGAACACCUUAACCAAUUAAAGAAUAAAAAAAAAAGAAAUCAUGAUUUUAAGGAUAACAAUAGAAAACUUAAAUCUGACGAUAUAAACUGCAAGAACACUUUAGAUAUUUGUAGUCCUACCUUUUUUCAUAAGGAAAAGAUGGAGAAUACAUUAAAUAUUGUAAAAAGGGAAAAGUAUUAUAAUGAACAUAAUGUAGAUAUGAAUACGUGUAAUGAAAGUCUUGUACAUCCUAACCAUGUAUAUGUUAAUCAUGAAGAUGAUAAUGAUAAUAAUAAUUUCAAAGGUAACAUGUUAGAAAAUAAUAAUAUUUUAGAUUAUAAAAAAAAUAACAACAAUAUGAAUAAUAAUGAUAAUAAUUUGUACAAUAACAUAUACAAUUCUGUAGGAUACAAUGAUAAUACAAAUAAAGAAAAUAUUCUUAUUAAAAAAGAAAAUAAUUCAGAAAAUGUUAGGAAGGACAUACAUGAUAAGGUAAAUACAAAAAAUGUUAAAAAAAUAGAUGUUAAGGAAACAAAUAAUUUAAAUCCCGAAAAUUAUGUAAUUUUUGGGAAAAGGAAAAAAAAAGUUAUAGAACUUCAUUUAGCUUUACCAUCAAAAACUCAUAUUAUGAUAAAUGAAUUAAUCAAUAAAAAUAUAAUAAAAUUUAUGAUAACUCAAAAUAUUGAUUCUUUGCAUCAUCGAUGUGGGAAACAUUUUUCUAAAACUGCAGAAAUUCAUGGAAAUAUUUUUACAGAAAGAUGUGAUUUUUGUGGUAGAAGAUAUUUAAGAGAUUAUCUCAUAUCCACUAUUAGUUUUAAACCAACUGGAUCUUUAUGUUUUUUAUGUUCAUUUCCUCCUAUUGGAGUAUGUACAGAUGUUUUAUUAGAUUGGAAUAAUUCUUAUGAAGAAUUUUUUCAUUUAAAUUCAAUAAAGCAUUCUCAAAUAGCAGAUUUUCAUUUUUGCUUGGGUUCUAGUUUUUACAUAGUCCCGGCUAGCUCUUACCCAUCUAAAAAAAAAUAUGCUAAUGCAAAUUCCUACAGUUGUGUUAUUAAUUAUCAAAAAUCAUUUUUAUCAAAAGAAGUUAAUUUGAAUAUACAUUCAAAUGUAAAUAAUAUAUCGGAUAUAAUUAUUAAAGAGUUUUCUCUUAAUCCUUUGUCAAUAAGAAGUGCAAGGAUAACAAUCGUUAGGUGCCCAAUUAAUACAUUGGAUGUAAUAUGUGAUAAAUUAAUAUCAAUACACAAUAUUAAAAUGAAGGAUAAGGGGAUGAGACAACAUACUAUCGAUUAUUCUCAAAUGGGGAAUAAAGAUGAAAUAUAUAAUAAUGAAAAAUAUGUAAAAAGAAAUAUGACUGAAUGUUUAUAUUAUAACAAGGAAGGAGAAUGUUAUGAAAAAAGGAAGUAUAAACUAAUGGAGAAAAAUUUUUUUCCUAAUAAUCAACAAAAUGAACUUAUACCAAAUAGAAUAAACAUAUUUGAACAAAAAUUUCACGAGCACAAAAAAGACAACAACAUUAUAAACAACAAAAACAACAAUAUAAACAACAACAACAACAACAAUAUAAACAACAACAACAACAAUAUAAACAACAACAACAACAAUAUAAAAAACAACAACAACAAUAAUAAUAAUAAUAAUAAUAGUAGUAGUAUUAAUAGUAAUUAUCAUAUAUCUAAAAAUAUAGAUCCUGAUUUUUCUUUUGUUGAAAAUCAGUCCAACAUUUAUGAUAACUAUAAGGAACAAACAUUUAUACUUAAAUGUUCCAUGAUAAUAAAUAUUAAAACUGUAUGUUUAGAAAGUUUUCAUAAAGUAUAUAUAAAACUAUUGGAUGACAUUAAAGGUUUAUGGAUCAUAAAAACAAAUUUUUCUUGUAUUUUAGAAGUAGAAUUAUGGUAUCAUUCUUUUAUUUUAUUAAAAUUAGAUUUUAAUAAAAACGAUCCUUUUAUUCAGUUGAAUGCGUGGAAUGUAAAUGUAGCAUAUACAUAUGGUGAUGACAUAGACGAUUUCGAUUAUUUCAAAAAUGAAGAGAACAUUAAGAAACCAUUUAAUUUAUAUAAAAAUAAAUAUAUUUCUAAUAUGAGAAGAGAAGAGGAUGUUAAUAUUUUGUAUACAUUGGAUAAUGAAAAGGUAAAAGAUAAAACCAAUAAUAACAAUAAUAAUAAUAAUAAUAAUAAUAAUAAUAUUAGCGACCAUAAUAUUAAUGAUGAUCAUUAUAAUGAUAAUAAUAGAAAUCAUAAUAAUUAUGAUAAAGACAAUUCAAAUGAAUCAUAUUACUGUUCUGAAAUAUUAAAUGAACAUGUACAUGUAGGUUAUAACCCUAAUAAUUAUGAACCUAAUUGUAAAGUAUAUAUUUUAGCAUAUUUGGAUAAUUCAAGAACAAUGAAUAUAAAUAAUAAUGUUAAUAAUAAUGAUUUUAGUCGCUUUAAUUUAACACAAUCAUUCAAAUUGUUAUACAACAUAUAUUGUGUGCUUAAUAAAGAUAAUGAACAAAAGAAAAACAGUACUAUAAAAGAAACAUAUGAUAAACUGGAUUAUUUUAUAAAAAACUUUGAUUUCAAUAGAGAUAGUUGCUUAUAUACAAAUAAUUUUAUAAAUAUGCUUAUACAAAAUGAACGUCAUGGUAAUCAAAGUCGCUAUAAAUUUAGAGAAAGAAGAAAGAGACUUUUAAAUGAUUACAGUUCAUGUUCUUCUGAUGAUGAUCAGAGUGGAAAAAAUAUUUUCAUUUUUUAUAAUUUAUAUAUGAAUCAAUAUAAGAAAAAGGAAGAUAAUGAAAUAAAUGAUAUAAAUAAAAAAUAUGAUGUUCAUGAGAAAAAUAUAUAUGAUGAAUCAAAACAAUAUGUGCAUAAAGUUAGAGUGAGAACUGAUCUAAUUAAUCAUAAAUCUGUUUACAAAACAUUAAAGAAUAACUAUUUGGUUGAUAUUAACAAUAUGAACCUAAUGGAAAAAAAAAAUAAUUCAGAAAAGUUGUUCUUGAUAAAUGACAAGGAUAAUAAUAGUCUCCUUUCUAUUAAUAAUAAAGAAAAUAUUAAUUGUAUACCCUCUCCUCAAAACAAUGUAAAGAAAAAUAGUGAAUAUAUGCAUGAGGAAGAAAAUAAUAAAACGAAUUGUAACGAAAAUAUAGCACGAUUGAAUAAUAAUGAUUUCAUACAGGUUACGGAAACAGAAAAGCAAAAGAAGUACAACUCUUUUGAUAAAUAUAAUAGUGAUAGAUCUUCAAUAAAUAAUACAUUUGAUGAAAUAAAAAAUAAUAAAAAUAAUGAUAAUAACAAUGAUGAUAAUAAUAACAAUGAUGAUAAUAAUAAUGAUGAUGAUAAUAAUAAUGAUGAUGAUAAUAAUAAUGAUGAUAAUAAUAAUAAUGAUGAUAAUAAUAAUAAUGAUGAUAAUAAUAAUAAUGAUGAUAAUAAUAAUGGAUAUAUAUAUUCUCCAGUUCUUUUCAUAAAUAAAAAAUUUAAACUCGGAGAAUUGGUAUAUAAAAUACCAAAAUAUGUAAAGCCACAAAAAAUUUAUACUCCUUAUAAAAAAAUUUCAAGAAAUAAAAAAUAUUCUAAUACACUUCAAAAGGAUAGAUAUGAAAAAUGGAAAAUGUUAAAUGAAGAAUUGAUUAAUAAUGAAAAUAAAACAUAUAUAAUAGAUUCAGUUCUCUAUAAAGAAAUAAGUUAUUUACCUUAUUGGAUUAUAAAUUAUGUAAAUGAUUUAUUUGAAUGUAUGUAA